CCCAUCCUCUCUCCUCCGUCUACUCCUCACCGACCUCCCUUCUCACACUUCUGGCGCGGGAUACAGGCAUGCCAGCCCGCCUCCCCGCGCCCUUGAUAUACUUGCAGGGCCUGCUCCGGCCGGCCCUGCUCCGCCCCGACCUGCGCGCUCCGAGCAUAGCGCAAGUUGACUGGGCGGGUCUGCGCGCCGCGGGGUACAAUGCUGUCGUGAUAGACAAGGACAACUGCGUUACCCUCCCGCACUCCGACGCCUGCUUCCCAGCCUACACAUCAGCAUGGGCGAACCUGAAAGCCACCUUCCCCGGCCGCGUGCUGAUGGUGUCCAACAGCGCUGGAUCAGCAAAGGACCGCGGGGGCAUCGGCGCCGAAGCCCUCUCCAUGAACUUGCAUGUGCCCGUUCUCGCACACCGCCAGCCCAAGCCGGCAUGCGCGGCCGACGUGAUAGCGUACUUCGCUGGCCGGCUAGGCGCGCCAAAGCUUACACGAGACACGGUGCCCGAGCUCGCGCACGCCGCUGUCGAAGAGGAGACGGCGGAGCAGGAGCUGCUCGCCAAAUGGCGGUGGAGCGUGGAAGAGGGUCCUCUCGCCGGACGGUUGCUCAAAGGCACGCUGGAGGAGCGCAUGGUGGCGGCGCAGUAUCGCGUCCCGCCGCCGGGGACGGAGUGGGACGCGAGCAUCGACGCGGCGAUGGAGACCAAGUCGCGCGCCGAGAUGCAGCGCGACACGGAGAAGAAGGGCGAAGAAGCCAAGCCCGCGACCGAAGACGAGGCGCUGCGCGUCCUCGUCGUCGGCGACAGGCAGUUCACGGAUGUGCUCCUCGCGCGCCGCCUCGAGCUGUACGGCGCGCACGCCAGCGCCAUCCUCACCACCGCGCUCCCGCAGCCCGCGGACGUGCGCCCCCUCCGCAAGCUCGAGCACUACCUCGCACCAGGGGAUACGGAGCAGGCGCGCAGCCUCGCCUCGUUCGUGCGGAUCGACCCGCCGCCGCCGCCCAGCACCCACCCCGCGGGGUUGGCGCGCUUGAACCCUCUUGCGCAGGCACGCGCCGCGUGGGCCGACUGGACGGCGGACACACCCGCGGUCCAGCUCGACCCGCGGAGCGGGACGUGGAAGCCCAAGCCGUUGUUUGUGGCUGGCGUGCGCACGCUUGGUGCGGGGUUACGCCUUAUCGGCGCUUUUGCGCGGAGAGGAGGUGCUUGGGCAUGGGUCCACAUCCGCCGUGAAUCCCAGAAGGGGUGGGCCGCGACCAAGGCCAAGGUCGGAGAGAUGCGCGCCGAGCACCGUGCCAGGAGAGAGGCGGCGCGUGAAGCCAAGCUCGCGGAAGCCAAGGCGGACGCUGAUGCCGCGGCCAUGGCGCGCGCCGAAACCAACGCUGUCGCCGAAGCCAAGGUCGCUGCCAAGGCCGCGCUGGAGGAGAAGGGGAGGUUGCAACCCGCACAGUAGAAACGAUGCAGCACUAGAACGCAAGGCUCGCUCUCACCGCUCUCGCCUACUCCCACCUCGUCAAAUUACAAAGUGUGCAUAAUGAUACAGGCAUCCAGGUCACGGAUACAGUGUAGAACGCAUGUCCGUACUCAGAAGGGGAAACCGUCGCGGCCCGACCACGUCAUCGGGGUAGGCAGUGUAGGGGGAACUCGGGGAAGUUUCAACUCUGUUUGCGUGAGCCUUCUCCAAUACUGGAGGGGAUAAAAGAGGGAGAUGUACCUUGUUGAACUCGGAAGAAGGUCCGACUCUUCUUGCGCG